UGAAUUGCCUUUUGGUGCCCGCUCACGCCCUCCGUUUCUCGCUGAUCCUACGUAUGCUUUCCAGCAACGCUGGCGACAGGCUAGGGUGGGACGAUGCGGAAACGAAACUUAAGUGGAGGAGGCACUCGAUGCUCGCCGCUGUCUAGCUCAGUCAUGGCAGAUUUGACAGCUAGCCGCGGCCGCUUUCAGGAUCCGGAAUACAAGAACUGGCUGAAGACGACUCUGUGCUUGCAGCUGGUGAGAGGCGGCUUGUCGAAGUUUUUGGAGACGGAGACGGGCAAAUUCCACGACAAGCUGCUUUCUGCACUAUCAGCACAGUCCUGCCAGAGCAACUGCCAGAUCACCUCCAGAGUCAACCUGGGCACUAACAAGGUUCCAAUACUAUGUCCAGUCUGCAAUAACUGGAUCAGUGAAAUUUUGUCACAUCACAACAACAAGAAAGGCCAAAUCUAUUGGAACAAUUGCAUCCCUUAUCAUUGGUCUAAGGAAAAAUGGGAAGUGGCCAAGGUGUAUAUGCCAAAGGGGAACACGAAACAUUCCGCUGAGAAUGAAUUUGAUAUUUCUGCUGUCUUGACCUACAUGAGCAACUGUAAAUACUUUACAAACAUGGUGAAAAAUAAAAGGUUGACAGAGGUGACCUAUGUAAGAAAUCAAAUGAUGCAUUCUGCCACAAUGAAGGUCAGUACUCAGGACAUGACGACACAUAUCAGCAAAGUCCAAGCACUGCUUAAGGAGCUCCAGACUUGUGUGCCUGAGCUAAAAGAAAUUGACAAUGAAAUUGUUAAGCUGCAGACAACUGAACUGAAUUUAUUCUUCGAAGAAAUGAAGCCUGAGCUCUCAGAUGGAAUGCAGGUCAUUAACUCAGUACUGGACAAACAGAAGUUUCACGAUUUGGAACAACAGAUACUGAAGGAAAAGAUUGAAAUAUUGACGUUGAGGCUGGAAGAAACCAAAGAUGGCGCAGUUAAUCAAAAAGAGCUCAGUGAACUGAAGGAAUUUCUAGAGAAUAACAAAGACCUGCUGGAGCUGCUGAAUCCAUACAUGGCUAAACUGGAUGAAAUUCAAGUGAAGGUGACGCAGCAUGAUGAACAGCUCGAUGUUCUGGGGGUGAAGGUGGACAGACUGGAAAAAAUAUCUGAAGAGCCAAUUUUCAGUGUUCCUGUACUUAAAAACAAGAAUCAUCUACUUGAACUUGCACAGGAAAAACGUUGGCCUAUGCCAGACUUCUCUUCUAUUAGGCACACUCAUGGCUAUAUUGGUGAAGUGACAGUAAAUGGUAAAAAGUACAAAGGAUUACAGGUCCAUCCUAACAAGAAGGCUGCACAUCAAGAAGUUUCCAGAAUUGCAUAUGAUAGACUGAUGUUAGAGGAAAACACUGAUGCAUCCUCUACAGAAGAAGAGCUUCUGGACAUGAGCAAAACUGGUCCAUCUCUGUUUUUUGUGCGGGUGACAGUUCAUUUGAAGAAUAAAUAUGAACUUCCAGAUAUUUACAGUGAAGUAGAGACUGCUGAAAAUGCGAGUUAUGAGGAGUUUGCUAAAAUGUUUAACAUGGAAACUUCAUCAGAAGGUAAACAUAAACUAACAGUCCUGGAAUUCUGUAACAAAUCUGGGUUUAAUGUGCCAAAUGUGACUGUCCAAGAAAUUAAGGAAAACAAAUUUAAAAGCUUGUUACAGAUAUGUGGCCCAUUCAGAUUUCAAAAUAAAGUGGGUUGCUACAAAAAAAAAGAAGCAGAGCAAGAUGCAGCUAAGGAGGCACUGAUGUGUCUGACCAGAGUCCUGCAAUGGAAUGGUGUUUGUGACAAAGGAAACUAUAAAGGCAAGCUGUUGGAACUGCUUGCUCUGACCAUUGAGGGUCGGGCUAUGUUUGAAUCGGUUGAUGGGGAGAACAUGUGCACUCAAGACACCAAGGUCACAGUCUCAAAGGACCAUGUCUCUGACACGUCUCAAACGGAGUCAGCACAGUUGUUGCCGAAUUAUGAGCCACAGCAAGUACCAGCAGUACCGCCAGGAUUCUUUGCAGUUGUGUGCAUUACUUUAAAUAAAAUUAUUGAGCUGCCAGAAACUUUCCCUGUGGAGGAGGAGGCAAUCCAAGCAAUAUACAGAGACCUACUCCUGAAACUUGGACUGGAAUGCCCAAAUUCAGAUAAAGCUGGAUGUUCUGCAAAGCAGAAAAUUCAAAGUUUCUUUAAGGAAUAUGUCUCUAAGCAACCUGAAGAAAUUUGGGUGUCAUUGGCAGAGAAAACGUUUCAAUGCAAGUUAGACAUCUCAGGCCAAUAUAAAUUUUGCAGUAUAGAGCCGUCUUCUAAAAAACAAAUGGCAGAACAAGAGGCAGCCAGAAAAGCCCUGUUUCAUCUGAGCGGAAUUCUUGGCUCGGAUGGUGUAUGUAAUGACAAAAACUAUAAAGGGAUGCUUCAAGUGCUGCUUGAAAGGCAGCGUCAGGCAAAGCCUACCUAUCAGUCUUGUGAUGGGAAGAAGGAGGAAGAUGUCACAGAUAAAGGUAUCUCUUCUAAUGCUGUAGGUCCCCCCAGAAAUGAUGAAGACUCCACAGCCAGUCUCCCAUCCAUUUCAGCAGAAGCAUCUAUGGAGGAUAUCUCAGCCUCGCAGGCCAAAAUGAAAAAACUUCAAACCGAGUCAUCAACUUCAACAGGAGAAGGUUUCCAUGUAUCUGUGUGUUUUACUCUUAAAAAAAUUAUUGAACUACCAGAGACUUUCAAUGAUAAGGAAGAGGCUAGAAGAGCCAUAUACCAAGAUCUGUUCCGAAAACUUGACCUCUUGGCCCCAGAAUCAGAAACCAUUGGUUAUGAUAAAGAGCAACCAGUUACAGAUUUCCUUAGAAAGUAUUCUUCUAAUCAGCCUGCUGUGAUCUGGAAAGAAACUGCAGAGAAAAAAAUUCAAUGCAAACUUGAUAUUUCUGGACAAUACAGAUUUUGCAAUCCAUAUCCUUCACCUAAAAAACAGAAGGCAGAGCAGGAGGCAGCCAAAGAGGCACUCACUCGCCUCUCUGCAGUUCUUGGUUGGAAUGUCAAUCUUAAUAAUGAAAAUUAUAAGGGCACUUUACAGACUCUAAUCACUCAGCAAGGCUCUGAGAAUCCUACUUAUAAACCAUUCUCUGGUGACACAACAAAUGAAAAUGACUCCCAAGGUAAAGGGUCUUUGAUUGAUGCUCCUUCUUCCAGUAAGAUACAUGAAGAAUCAAGCACCUUAACAUCAGUAAAAAGGCUGGCAGAGGGCUUCCAGGAACUACAGGGUACAACAAGAAAACAGAAAAUUGAAUCAUCAAUGCUGCAGGACCUCCUUGAGAGAUAUCAACUCGUUCCCCCUCAUGUGUCUCAUCACUUGAAUGUGGAGAAGUCCUUUGUGUACUGUGCUGUCAUUCAGGUGGAGAAACUGCUUGUUAAAACUGAAAAAGGCAGCAGCUCACGUAAAGACGCUAAACGUUCAACUUACUCCAAACUUGGAAAAGCCCUAGACAUUGUUAAGGAGAGUGAAGAUGACCCAGUGGAUAUUGUCUCCAAGGUGAAGUCUUUUUGUCGGGAAAAGAAUUAUGAUUUCCCUGUAGAAGAAUUUACUACGAAAGACAAACAUUUCAUAUGCGAGCUUACUUGCACUCUGAAGUUUUCAUACCUUGGCAAUGGUACUGACCUGGAAGAAGCCCAACAGGAGGCAUCACGGAAAGCACUUUCAAGACUUGCAGAGAUUUUUGAAUGGGGAGUGCUUGCUAAAGUGACAAAUGAGUCACCUUUGGACAGACUUACGCAUCUUUUGCAGAAGCAGGAGCAAAGUAAACUGACUUUUGAGAGUGGAGACACUAAGCAUAAAGCCAUCCUUUGCCUAGAUUUCAAAGAUUUUUCUAUUCAGAGCAAAAAGCAUGACUCAAAAAAAGCAGCACAACAAGAAAUCAGUGAUCGUCUUCUGCGACUGCUAGAACAUGAUUCUAAAUCACAACAUGUCCUGCUCCAGUCACUAUCAAACAGAUCAAGUAGUAGCCCUUCAUCACGUAACAGAGUACAGGAAUGGUUUGCAAAACAAGGCUUAACUAUUCCUCAUUAUGAAGAUACAACUUACAAACAUGGUGCAAAGUUAACAUUUUCUGCAAAAAUCCAACUCACGCAUAAAGAUGCAAAGCCAACCUGGGAGCUGACAGAGGAAGAACUACUCAGAGAACUCAAGGCUUGUAUUGAGCACAUUGUGGGUUAGUUUGAGACAACCUGCAUCCCACAUGUCAUUGAAUCAGUCAUGUUGAAGGAUAGUCACCAGGCCUCCACUGGGCAGAUUAUGUCUAUCUGGAGACUGGCAGAAUGUUGCUCCUUUAUAUUCAAUGUUCAUUUUUUAAUCCCAACAGACACUUUCUAAGAUGACUGUAUCUUUUCAUCUGUAAAUCUGGCAAGUGUAUUUUAAAGAGGAUUGUAUAUGUUUAAUCAAAUUGAGGCAUAUGUGUUGACCUGUUUCAAUGAAAUGAGAAGACAAGCUUCAGAAAGAGAUUUUUAACCAAUGGCAAGCAGCACCACAUAGUCAUCAUUCUAACCCUGGCGUCAGACUGUCUUUCAGCUGAAAACAAAUGGGAGGAGUUUUUCUUGGGAUGAGAAGAGUCUUUUUAUAUUAAGAAACCUCAGUUAUCUCCAAGCUGAUAGGCCAAACUCACGUACUGUAUUGAUAUAUGACAAGCCCACCUUGUUGAGUAUCCCUAAUUUUAUUCUCUGCCUCUGCAUACUGUACAUUUCACCCUGACAAAGAACUGAUGCAGGGUUAAAUUAUCUUUAUUUGAAUACAUCCAUGUAGCUUGACAUAUGAUGUCAUUUCACUUUUUUUCUACUUUUACUCUCGCUGUCUCAUUGGAUUUCAUUUAUUUAGCUCAUGGGUGUGAAUCUCAUUCAGUGGAUGAUUCAUUUAGUCUCCUUCCAAACUCCCCUUUAGAGUAGUUUGUAUUUUUUUCCAGGGAAAAAUAGGACAUUACUUACUUAGUCUGAACAAGAUAUAUCAGCUUUAUGAAAAGCUCCUUUCAAUAUCUUAUUUGUUCAUAUUCAGUCCUUGGCAUAAUGCUCAGAAACCUUAUAACAAUUUAGCUUAUGAAAAUAUCUCCACGCGGCUGCAAGAAACAAUUGAAAUACAGUGCCCCGUACAAUCAUGAUUUUUGUGAAAAGUCAAUACACUUCCAUAAUGGAGGGGACCACAGUUAGUUUCCAGAUGCGCAAUAAGCAUUGUUGAACUUAUAGAGCAACCAUCUUAGCCUCAUUGGUGUCAAUGGCAGGGUAGGCCUUUGUGAAGACGAACUUGUUUCACUAUAGUGCUUUCAGCAUGGGAAAGGUGCUCUAUAAAUAAAAUUUAUUAUUGCCAUUAUUAUUAUUAGAACAGGGUUCAACUUGUGUAAAUUAUAUUAUGUUACUAAUAAUCAACCUCUUGUUUUCGAUCCAAACACUACAUUAUCCAUCCAUCCAUCCAUCCAUCCAUUAUCCAACCUGCUAUAUCCUAACUACAGAGCCAAUCCCAGCCAACA